AUGUCUGACAAACCAACAGUCCUCGUUCUCGGCGGCUUGGGUUUUAUUGGCCGUAACUUUGUUACCUAUCUUGUAGAGAACGAACUGGCUUCCGAAAUAAGGGUAGUGGAUAAGGUGUUGCUCGCAACAACUGCACUUAACCAAAGACAAAAGGCGGCUUUUAGCAAUGUUGAAGUCUUGCAAAGAGAUUUGGCUGUUCCCUCUACCAUCCCUCUUGUACACACGCGCGGAAAUGGAGGUUCAUUCGAUUAUGUCUUCAACCUAGCAGCUGAGACCAAGUACUCUCAGAUCGAAGCGGUCUAUCAAGAACGCAUUUACGGACUUUCUUGUAGAAAUGCUGAGGAAGCUGCUAAAAGAAAAGUUAAAGUGUUCGUUGAAGUAUCGACUGCGGAAAUUUACAAAAAUGACAAGAAUCCCAGCAAAGAAGACGACAAAAUUAAACCCUGGACGACUGCCGCAGAAUACAAGUACAAAGCUGAAGAAAAGUUAAAGACCAUCGACGGUUUAAACCUUGUAAUUUUGCGACCUGCCUUAGUUUAUGGUCUAGGUGCAACCACGGGUAUAGUCCCUCGUCUCGUUUGUGGGAGGAUUUAUCAAUUUACCAAAGAAGAAAUGAAAUUCCUUUGGUCUAAGGACCUUAGAAUCAACACUGUUCACGUGGACGACGUUUGUCGUGCCUUAUGGUUUAUUGCGACGUGGUAUCAGGAAAAAAAUAAAGCCGGAAAAGGACCAGUUAUUUAUAAUUUAGCAGAUUCAGGUGAUACUGAUCAAGAUAAGCUUAGGAAACAUAUUGGAAGAAUUUUCGGCAUACAAACUGGAUUUCAUAAUGCCGCCAUUAACACUAUGGCACAGCUAAAUUUUGAUAGCGCGGUGGAAGAAGUUAAUGAUAAACAUAUGCGCCCGUGGUCUACUCUCUUAAGGAACAAUAGGAUUAAAAUUACUCCGUUGAAUCCCUAUUUGGAUAAAGAGGUGCUUACCAACCAUUCCCUGUCCGUCGACGGAAGAAGAAUCACCGAAGAGACAGGAUUUCGGUAUCAGGUUCCAGAAAUCACCGACGAAAAGCUUCAAGAAAUGAUUGAUGAUUAUAUUGGUUUGGGUUGGUGGCCAAUUUCAGAUUAA